CCUCCACUCACUCCCUCUGCUCCGUGUGAAGAUGUGUUCUCUGGCCUUCGCCAGGUCUCUGGGUUUUGCCCUCAUCCCUCUCGCCACCUGCUGCAUCGUGGCAAAUGUCCUGCUCUUCUUUCCCGAUGGAAAGAUCAACUUCAUUCAGGAUGAGCAUGUGACCAAAUAUGUCUGGUACUUCAUGGGAAUCGGAGGAGGUGGUUUGGUGAUGCUGAUACCGGCCUGCGUGUUUCUGGGAAUGGGGAAGUGUGUGGAUUCCUGCGGAACAGACAGCUGUGCGAUGUGUGGUUCGGUGUUCGCGGCUCUGCUGGGAUUAGCCGGCUCUGCAUACUGCUUCCUGAUCUCCGCUGUGGCGCUCUUGAAGGGGCCGUAUUGCUUCACUCAGAUGGGAUGGAUGUCUCCUUUUGAGAAUGAUGGCGGAAGGUAUCUGUUUGCUCGAGAGAAGUGGUCUGAAUGCAUUCAGCCGGCACACAUUGUGGAGUGGAAUGUGACGCUGCUGUCCAUCCUGUUGGGUCUCAGCACCCUGGAGUUCCUUCUCUGUUUCCUGCAGCUCGUCAGCGGACUGGUUAACGCAGUGUGCCGGCCAUGCUGCUACAAACAGGAGUACAGUCUAAACGCUUGAGGACGGAGCGUUUUCCCAGCCUCAGUCAUUGAGAAAAAGAACUGCUCAUCUGCAGCAGAGCCGCUGAGCCAUCACGACGCCAUGAACGUCAUUUGAAUGAAAAUGUCAACACUAAGUCACCACGUUUGAGCUGAAUGCAUCAGCACAUUUCCACACCACACCGGCCGAGUUUGUUUUAGCAGUGCAUGUUUUCUGUAUAAAACAAACAUUUGCAUUGUACACUACCUGCAAUGUGCAUUUUGCUAAAAUAUAAAUGUAUUUUUUGUGAGUUCUGUUCGUUUUGUACAGGAAGUUGUUUUGUAAAUUAUUUAAAUAUUGAGAGUGAUAGAAGUACAGAUGAUGAAUGUUGUUUUAUAUACCUAUAAAAGAUGUUUUAAAUAUUCCCAU